UCCGGCCGGCGCGGGCCGAGGGAGGCCGAGCGUGUGGGGCGCCGGGCCCCGCGCAGCCAUGGACUGGCUCAUGGGGAAGUCCAAGGCCAAGCCCAACGGGAGGAAGCCGGUGGCCGAGGAAAAGAAGGUCUACCUGGAGCCGGAGUACACCAAGGCCCGCGUCACGGACUUUGCCUUCAAGGAGCUGGUGGUGCUGCCCCGAGAGAUCGACCUCAACGAGUGGCUGGCGAGCAACACCACGACCUUCUUCCACCACGUGAAUCUGCAGUACAGCACCAUCUCCGAGUUCUGCACCGGGGAUGCCUGCCAGACCAUGGCCGUGUGCAACACGCAGUACCACUGGUAUGACGAGCGGGGCCGGAAGGUCAAGUGCACUGCGCCCCAGUACGUGGACUUCGUCAUGAGCUCCGUGCAGAAGCUGCUCACCGACGAGGACGUGUUCCCCACCAAGUACGGCCGCGAGUUCCCCAGCUCCUUCGAGUCCCUGGUGAAGCGGAUCUGCCGGUACCUGUUCCACGUGCUGGCCCACAUCUACUCGGCGCACUUCAAGGAGACGCUGGCCCUGGAGCUGCACGCGCACCUCAACACGCUCUACGUGCACUUCAUCCUCUUCGCCCGCGAGUUCCACCUGCUCGACCCCAAAGAGACCGCGGUCAUGGACGACCUCACCGAGGUGCUGUGCGGCGGGGCCUCGGGGACACACAACCACGUGAAGGAGAGGUGAGCCCCGGCGCCGCGCGCAGGUGGCUGGCGGUGUGCGCCCAGGAGCGUGGUGAUGGGGCGCCGACCGGCUGCCCACAUGUCCGGAAGACACGGGAGCCUGGGCCCAGCCCGGCAGACACAGGGACUCCGCGCUCACCGCCGCGCCGCCCGCUUGCCUUCCUCGGCUUCGACUCGCCGGGACACGUCGGGGGACCUCGGGCACCGGCUCUACCCCGUGUCCGCCCGCCCAUCUGCUCACUGCUCGGCGGCUGUCUCCAGGCAUCCCUCCUUCCUCGCAGCCCUGCCUGGAUCUGACUCUCGGUGGCCAGGGACUGGGUGACCCUUCGUGCCCGGGGCCCGCCGCCCUGGCCCCCUCCUGUGGCCCCAGGAGGCUGCCGCCUGCCAGCCCUGUGGGGGGCAGGUAGCCUGGCAGGCGUCAGCUCGCUUGCUCGACCCACCGUCUGGUGGGAAUAAACAGAAUUCUCUCAGGUCA